AAAAGAAAAAGAAAACAAGUCGUGAGCUAGCUGAGUGUGUGGGCAUGCUGUGCUCGGCGGCGAGCGCCUCCUCAUCGUUGCCGUCUCCGAUUACCGCCGCAACGCAUGCCGCCCCCGACGACCACCACGCGCGCUUGAGGGCGGCCGCCUCGCGCUCCGACCUGCGAGGCGCGCUCGCCGCCUUCGCCGCCAUGUCCCCCGCGUCCGGCUCCGGCCCCGUGCUCCGCACCUUCACCUCCCUCCUCAAGCUCUGCGCGGCGCGCGCCGACCUCGCCACGGGCCGCGCCGUCCACGCGCAGCUCGCGGCGCGGGGGCUCUCCCCGGAGGCCCUGGCGGCCACGGCGCUCGCCAACAUGUACGCCAAGUGCCGCCGCCCGGGCGACGCCCGCAGGGUGUUCGACCGGAUGCCCGCCCGGGACCGCGUCGCCUGGAACGCGCUCGUGGCCGGGUACGCGCGCAACGGGCUCGCCGAGGCGGCCGUCGGGAUGGUCGUCCGGAUGCAGGAGGAGGACGGGGAGCGGCCCGAUGCCGUCACGCUCGUCUCCGUGCUGCCCGCCUGCGCCGACGCCCAGGCGCUCGGGGCCUGCCGGGAGGUGCACGCCUUUGCUGUGCGUGGUGGGUUCGAUGAGCAGGUGAAUGUCUCCACGGCGAUCCUUGACGUGUACUGCAAGUGCGGGGCCGUCGACUCGGCGAGGAAGGUGUUCGAUGGGAUGCAGGACAGGAACUCUGUGUCUUGGAAUGCCAUGAUCAAGGGGUAUGCGGAGAACGGGGAUGCCACUGAGGCUCUGGCUCUGUUCAAGAGGAUGGUGGGGGAGGGCGUGGAUGUGACCGAUGUGUCUGUGUUGGCAGCGUUGCAUGCUUGCGGCGAGCUCGGGUUUCUUGAUGAGGGGAGGCGUGUCCAUGAGCUUCUUGUGAGGAUUGGAUUGGAGUCGAAUGUGAAUGUGAUGAACGCGCUGAUCACCAUGUACUGCAAGUGCAAGAGGACCGACCUUGCUGCACAGGUGUUCGAUGAGUUGGGCUACAAGACACGGGUCUCAUGGAAUGCCAUGAUCCUCGGGUGCACGCAGAACGGAAGUUCAGAGGAUGCAGUGAGGCUGUUCUCUAGGAUGCAGCUGGAGAAUGUGAAACCUGAUUCCUUCACCCUCGUCAGUAUCAUUCCUGCCCUUGCAGACAUUUCAGACCCGCUGCAGGCCAGGUGGAUCCAUGGGUACUCUAUCAGGCUGCACCUUGAUCAGGAUGUGUAUGUACUGACAGCACUUAUCGACAUGUACGCAAAGUGUGGCCGUGUUAGUAUAGCUAGAAGUCUAUUCAAUUCAGCAAGGGACCGGCAUGUUAUCACAUGGAAUGCGAUGAUCCAUGGGUAUGGCUCACAUGGUUCUGGCAAGGUUGCAGUUGAGCUAUUUGAAGAGAUGAAAAGUUCUGGCAAAGUACCCAAUGAGACAACAUUCCUCUCGGUCCUCUCGGCGUGCAGUCAUGCUGGUCUGGUUGAUGAAGGACAGGAAUAUUUUUCGAGCAUGAAGGAGGACUAUGGGCUUGAACCUGGGAUGGAGCACUAUGGUACCAUGGUGGAUCUUCUUGGCCGAGCUGGGAAGCUACAUGAAGCCUGGUCUUUCAUCCAAAAGAUGCCUAUGGAGCCUGGCAUUAGUGUGUAUGGUGCAAUGUUAGGCGCUUGCAAGUUGCACAAGAACGUGGAAUUGGCAGAAGAAUCAGCACAAAGGAUCUUUGAGCUAGAGCCAGAAGAGGGGGUGUAUCAUGUCCUCCUAGCAAACAUUUAUGCAAACGCUUCACUGUGGAAGGAUGUUGCAAGGGUGAGAACUGCUAUGGAGAAGAAAGGCCUCCAAAAGACUCCUGGAUGGAGCAUUGUUCAGCUAAAAAAUGAGAUCCAUACGUUCUAUUCCGGAAGCACAAAUCACCAACAGGCAAAGGAUAUAUAUGCAAGGCUGGCGAAGCUGAUAGAAGAGAUCAAAGCUGUGGGGUAUGUGCCAGACACUGAUUCUAUACAUGACGUAGAAGAUGAUGUGAAGGCACAGCUUCUCAACACCCACAGUGAGAAGCUUGCAAUUGCAUAUGGGCUCAUUCGCACAGCCCCUGGUACAACAAUUCAAAUAAAGAAGAACCUCCGAGUCUGUAAGGACUGUCAUAAUGCAACCAAGUUAAUAUCUCUGGUGACAGGGAGGGAAAUAAUCAUGAGAGAUAUUCAACGAUUUCACCAUUUUAAGGAUGGUAAAUGCUCGUGUGGAGACUACUGGUAGUGACGUGAAGGAGGCUGUCUCAGUAUGCAUUUUGAGUUGAGAGAACCUCACACAGCCUAUAUACAAAUAAGAAUCUAAGAUCAGACUAUCAUGUGAACUUCAGGUCGUGCAGCUGCCUUUUGCAUCGACGAUACAUGGCUAAGACUGUGAAGUACCAGCAGCUCCUAUGAUCACCUUGCCAUUUCAGGGAACACACAGUAGAUUUCAGUAUAUUAGGACUGUAACACAUUUUAAGACUAAAAUGUUCUUAUCAUUAUUUAAAGUAGUGCAAAUGGAAGCAUAUUCAUAAGCAAACACUGCUCUUUUCUUCUCGUUUGAGAUCUGAUGUACAUGAUGAGAUCAAACUGUUGAUAACUGAAUAAAGGAACCUUUUUUUCUUA